AUGUCUUUGCAGGCCCUGGAGUCGCCUCUGCAUAUAGCAGCCAGGGUGAAAGAUGGAGAGAAGGUGGCUGAGAUGUUGUUGAAGAGUGGAGCAGAGGUCAACACAGAGCUGGAGAAUGGAGAGACAGCGAUGCAUGUUGCAGCACGUCAUGGAAAUCUGCAGGUGAUGAAAUCUUUAGUAGAAGAGGGAGCUGACCUCACCUGGAAAUCCAAGGCAGAAGAGACUCCGCUCCAUGUGGCGGUACGCCACUGUCAUGCUCACAUGGUGGAGGCCAUCUUAAACUUCUUGACCACGGAGAAGAGUCGAGAGGAGGCAGAGCUCUGUGUUCGCCAAAGGAACCAGAAGGAUGAAACCACCCUGCACCUGGCAGCUGAAAUACAGAGGGACAUUGUGCACAGAGAUGACGAGGAUGUCCUCAUUAUCCGGACUCUGAUAGAGUAUAAUGCUGAUGUUACAGCAGCUAUCAAGCAGACGGAAGAAACCCCAAUCCAUUACUGUGCCAGAGUUGGCAACACUGCAGUGCUACAGGAGAUGCUCCAUAAUGUGCCCAGCCACUGCCUACAUUCAGCCAUCAACAUGUUGGAUAAGACUGGCAAAUCUGCAUUGCUGUUGGCAGCUGAGCAGGGACACACAACAGUAGUGAAGCUGCUGCUGGACAACCACGCCAGAGUGGACGUGUUUAAUAAGGAAGGAAAGUCCCCUCUCCACCUGGCUGCUGAGCAGGGCCACAAGGACACUGCUGACAUCCUGCUCUCUAACAAAGCCUUUGUGAAUGCUAAAACCAAACUGGGUCUGACUCCACUGCACCUGAGCGCCCAGACCGGCUCAUCUCCUCUUGAUAAACUACUCACAGAGUCAAACACUGACCAGGCUCACCACCUCAUUCAUGCCCUUACUUUGGUUGACUGCAGAGGCUCAGGUCCUCUGCACUUGGCUGCUGCAGGAGGGCACACUGAAGUCGUUAAGCUUCUCUUGGAUGCAGGGGCUUCAGCUACAGAGGAGGACUCUAAGAUUGCUCUUCAUCUGGCUGCUCAGAAUGGACACAUACAUAUCCUGGAGGUCCUGAAAUCAAAGGUGUCUUUACAGACAAGACGGACAGCACUACAUGUAGCAGCCUGUUUCGGACAAGUGGACUUUGUGAGGGAAAUUCUGACCCAAGAGCCGGACACAAUCAACAGCGAGACGUCCCGCAGAGACACUUUGAGAACAUCGGCUGAUGUGUCAGACAUCCCAGUAACAACUGCAGCAGAUGAAGAGGAAGACUUUUGUUUUACCCCACUGCACCUGGCAGCUCAGAGUGGGCAGACAGAUGUCGUCAGGCUGCUGCUAAGCAGAUCCAGUUCUCUGCUUCAUCAGCAGGAUCAUCUGGACCGCACUUGCCUUCACCUGGCAUCUGCUCAGGGGCACGUGGAAACAGUGAGAGUCCUGCUGUGCCACGGUGCCGAAGUCAACCACACGGACAAGUUUGGGUACACACCUCUGCACUUUGCAGCUCAGCGGGGACACGAGAACGUGGUGCGCUUGUUGCUGAGCUCAACGGGAGUCCUGGAUGAAGCAAAAACAAACCCUGAAUGUUUUACCCCACUGCACCUGGCAGCUCAGAGUGGGCAGACAGAUGUCGUCAGGCUGCUGCUAAGCAGAUCCAGAUCUCUGCUUCAUCAGCAGGAUCAUCUGGACCGCACUUGCCUUCACCUGGCAUCUGCUCAGGGGCACGUGGAAACAGUGAGAGUCCUGCUGUGCCACAGUGCCGAAGUCAACCACACAGACAAGUUUGGGUACACACCUCUGCACUUUGCAGCUCAGCGGGGACACGAGAACGAGGGGCACGUGGCAACAGUGAGAGUCCUGCUGUGCCACGGUGCCGAAGUCAACCACACGGACAAGUCGAAAAGGACCGCCCUGCACUAUGCAGCGGAAGCUGGCUGUCUGGAGCUGGUGCGUCUCCUGGUCGAGAGAGACGCCUCAGUGGAUGCUGAAUGUCACAACCACCUCACACCGCUGCAGUACGCCGCCAAGGAGAACCACUUGACCACCGUCAGCUUCCUGCUCCGGCAGAAAAAAAACAACAUCGUAAAACUGCUGAUGGACAAGAAAUUUGUGAUUGAUCUGAUGCUAUGUGGAAGGUUAAACUCGAACCUAUCCCUGGAUGAGAUGGUGCUCUAUUCAGAAGCUCCUCUGAGUACAGCUGUGCGUCUCUCCCAUGCUCUAAGCUCGGUCUCUUUUGAUGAUAUGGUGUACUUCAAAGACCUGCGUGCUGCUGCAUCCCACUGUGAGACCUUGGCCUCCGACCUCCUAAAUCUUGCCUCCACUGCUCCGCUUGGGAAGGAUUUUGGGGUGGUUCUCAGGGCCGUUGACCAGGAAUCCAACAUCUUGGACUAUCUGAUAAAAGCAAAGCAGAAAAACGUGAUGUCGAAUCUAGGAGUGCAGAAAUACCUGACAGAUGUGUUGUACGGCAAACCGAAGUGUGAAUUUCUGAACUUUAGAAAGAUCUUGCUGCUCUUCUUCUGUAUGCUGAUCUUUCCUUUUUUGUGGAUGGCCCUCUCACUUCCACUCAAGCACAGAUGCAACGACAUUCCUAUUGUGAAAUUGGCUAGUCAUCUGGUGUCCCACAUCUUUCUCUUGAUGCUCUUCAUCUGUACUAUUGUCCACCCAUUUGGGAUCCCGACCUUAGAGUCCCAACUGAUUCCAGGAUGGUCUGAGUGUCUUCUGCUGAUCUGGUUGUGUGGCAUGCUGCUAUCUGAAUAUGAGCAAAAAGCUAAGCAUGUCGGUUGGGCCUGGAUACGGAUGUUCAUCUUGUUCUUCUCAGUAGUCGCUCUCCUUUGCCACAUAUUGGCUGUUGCCUUCCAGUCAAAUCCUAAAUAUUUAAUCGAUUUCCUGUUUGCCCGCAACGUUCUACUGACGGUUGCGAUGAAACUGGCGUUUAUACAGCUCUUGGAGUUCCUGAUGAUCCACCACCUGUUUGGGCCUUGGGCCAUUAUUAUUAAAAACAUGAUGAGGGACCUGUGCCGCUUUGUCAUCAUCCUGCUGCUCUUCCACACAGCCUUCUCGUUGAGCUUUACUGCUAUCUGCCAUCCUCUGGAGCCAAAAACUAGCUUCCAAAGCAACUAUUCAAUGAACACGACCUAUAGGAAUGUCAUUGCCUCAGAGAUGAAUGCUCUUGAUGUCACCGUUUUGCUUUUUUUCGCUCUCUUCGGUUUAACUGAACGAAAGGACAUGCCAUGUUCAGAGUUCUCUCCUGCCAAAACAUCUGGUUUGACUGAACUUGCCUUUGGAAUCUACCUGGUGGUGACAGUGGUCGUGCUGCUUAACCUGCUCAUCGCCAUGCUGAGCAACACCUACCAGUGCAUCCAGGAUCAGUCGGAUACGGAAUGGAAGUUUGGUCGUGCUAUCCUCAUCAGAGAUAUGAACUGCAAGUCGGAGACUCCCUCCCCGUUCAAUCUGCUCACCUUCAUCUACUUCAAUGCCAAGUCUGCUUACAAACGUGUGGGGAAACUGUGUUUAGGGAACAGGCAGAAUAUUAUAAGGGACGAGGAGGCAGGAGAAGGUAGCACUGAAACCCACUUUCUAGACACAAUGGCUCAAACUUCUAUUCCUGGGAUCUUGGAAAACCAAACCUCCAGUCAGGGAGAACCGGUGCAAAUAAAGGACGUAGUUGUGUGGAAAUCGGUGGUUCAACGUUUUCAAGCUCUGCGUGGUCAAAAGGACAAAGUGGCACCAGAGACAGACAACAUGCUUCAUUAGUAACAAUCUCACAUUGCUCAUUAGAAUCAUAAUGUUAUUCAUGUUUGUAACCAUAAGUCAAGUCAAGUUUAUUUCUAUAGCGCUUUUCACAACAGACAUUGUCUCAAAGCAGCUUAACCACAUUUAUACCUGUUUAACACAGAUAAAUGCUAAUCCACUGAAAUAUAUAAUCCUGUGAUUCAUAUUUGUAUACGAUGGUUUCUUUGCUCUUACCGUGAAUACACGGAGAUUGUAUUUCUGAUCAGAAUUGCUGUAUUUGCUAUGGUAUUAGGAUGAAGUACACUGGAUAAAAUAAUAAAUGAUAUAUUCAGCUCAUGUCAAAAGUUUGGAAAAGUGUUUUAUUGUUGCGUGCAUGCUCCUUUUGUUUCCAUGUAACAAAUUAUGGAGACAAGAUUACGGAGAAAACAGGAGGGAUGUGAUCAGACUGCCUCACCCCCACUAUUCAAAAUGAAGGUGGAAGCUUAAUUGUUUGGGGUUGUUUUAGAGCAGGGACAACUUUUAGAGACUUAUUCUAGGAAGUGAAAGGAAUACUGAGGCAAUAUUUCUCCCAUUGUAUAAUUCACUAUUACACCGAUUUCACUGUACAACAAGACGAUGAGUUCUGUAAGCAUUAUUUAGAGAGCAAACUGUGAUUUCUAUCAUCGAGCAGCCUGCCCAGUCACCGCAACUGAACAUCUUUGGCAGGAGACACGGCAAAGUAUUUCAGCUGAACGUUUGGAGAAACGAACUGUCCGGAUGCCGAGAGUGUGCAAAGCUGUUCUUUAGGAAUAAAGAGAAUAAAGUGGAAUAUCUUGACAUUUAUAUAUUUGUGCGGUGAAAGUAAAUCUUCUUAUCGUAACAUGUCCGAGAUUUUGCAUAGAAACAAAAUGAGCAUGCAUGUGUCUCUCAGAAACCAUAAAAGUGAUUUUUGCUUCAGUUUGUCUCAAUUUAUUCUUUGGUAUCGUUUAAGCUAAAAUCUAUUUUUACGCAAUUCUUAUUAGGAUUCCAGAAAGAGUGUGUUUGUCAGAACUUGUUAUAUAAUGCUUUUUUUUAAACAC